UACACGCGUGCGACUUUUCCGAUUUUCCUCCCGGUUGUUUUUUACGGACACGAUUUUCCGGACAGUUUUUCCGGAAACGGGAAUUUUUGGUGAGAAUAAUUUUUUUUGUGGGGUUUUUAAAGAGAUCUACAGUUACUUAGAGAGAUUUUUUCAGUGUUUUUGUGUAGUGUAGACUUCCGGAGGAUUAAGGAAAUUGAGUGACAUAACUUUUGAUUUGAAAAAAACAAGUGUUUUUAAGUGAUAAUAUUAACGUUUUUCAAAGGGAAUUUGGAACUGUUAUUUAUUGUCGUUCUAAGUGGUUACUGAAGAAUUUUUAAGAAUACUUGCGGCAAGAAUUUUACUGAUAGGAAAAGGUUUUCGCCACCCGAGAUGCCUUUAUUCAUUGCCACCUUUCGCCACUCAUAAAUCCAAAUAACGUUCAGCAGGGAAAGCGGGAAAUUAAUUAAUUCAAAUCACCGCGAGGGCAGACGACAAAGAAAACCUUUUAAAUUCCAUUUCGAGGCUUUGAGGGGAAAAAAUCGGAUAUUAUGAAGCCACGAAAAGUAGUCGCGAGGAAAUAACUUAAUAAGAAGCGAGGCGACAUGAUAAAAGAAAUUAUUGGACUGGGACUAAGCAUCGAAUGACUCGGGAUAAAAUGGAAAAAGAUUCAGGUCAUUUUCAUUACGAUCCAUACCCGACAGUGUCGAAGUCCAACACGAACUCACUGAGGAGGGAGAAAACGUCGAAACCAUCCCCGACUACCACCCAAACGUCUUGCAACUGUUUAGGCAAGAAAACCAAGAAGAGAAGCAGAGUAUUUUUUGCCGGUCUAGCUACCAACUUAGGAAUAUGUGUCUUGUUGUUUGGAUAUACCCUUAUCGGGUCUGUUAUAUUUUUGUCCAUAGAAGGAGGAAAUAACUAUCAGCACCAAAUUCUAGCUACAACGUCCCUAGCGACACCUAGCAAUGGUAAGAAAUACUUGAACCAAACUGUAGAACUGAAGACGAGGAAUGAUAUGGCGAGGACGAAGACCGUGGAGAAUUUGUGGAUUAUUACCGAAGGGUUGAAUAUUUUGUAUAAGGAGAAUUGGACUAUAUUGGCUGCACAAGAAAUUAAUAGGUUUCAAAACGAACUUCUAAAGUCCAUGGAGGAGGAGUUGGCCCAUCAACAACCAUUGACCAUCUCAAAAGAUAGAGGGAGACACGGCGAGCACUUCGAGUGGACUUUCGCCAAGGCUUUUCUCUAUUCUUUGUCAGUUUUGACUACCAUAGGUUAUGGCAGCAUCGCACCCAAAACUUCCCUAGGAAAAGCCGUGACCAUGGGCUACGCCAUGCUGGGUAUCCCAUUGACCCUGCUCUACCUCUCCAGCGUCGGCUCAAUAUUGAGCAAAGUAGCCAGAGGAGUCUUUUCCAGAGCUCUCUGCUGUUGCCUCUGCUCCAACUGCGGCUACUGCUGCUACGACGAGAAAAGAAUGGCGGAAAAAGAGAGACGCUUGAAAAGAAAGAGACAACAGGUAAAUAACAUUACCUCUACGAACGCGAGUUUGGAACUUCAACAGCAAUUGGGUCUACAGGAGCCGUUUUACGUGCGUUCGAACUCGAGCUACAGCAACAACAUCCAUUCGCCAUGUAGAGACGGGACUGUUAAGGAAAUGGACAGUUUGAGCGGUACCGAUAACGAGUCGAAGAGUUCCAUUCAUGGAUGGAGCAUCCUCGCUCCCAUUCUGCUCUGUUUGGUCAUGAUGUUCAUUUAUAUUUGUUUGGGGACGUUUGUGUUGUACAAACUGGAAGAUUGGCCACUUCUGGACGGUUUCUAUUUUUGUUUUAUGAGCCUGACCACCAUCGGGUUCGGUAACAUCGUUCCGGGUUCGGAUCCGUUCCCGGACUACGAUUCCAGUACCACCCUCUGGUUUUGCUCGAUUUAUAUUAUGUCUGGAAUGGCACUGACCGCGAUGUCAUUCAAUGUUGUACAUGAUGAAAUUGUACAUAGGUUAAGGCACAAAGAAAAAACGACCCCAAAGUUGACUUCGGUGAGUUACUCGGACGAUUUGAACAUCAACGAUCCCUACAAUUUGGCCUCAUGACAAUUCAAUCCUCAAAAGAAUUCCGCGUUUUACAACAGGAAUCUUACCGAGGAGACUUUGCUUAGCUCUGGGACUCCCACAUCGAUGCUGGAUAUGGGACAUGAACUAGUGGCCGUAACAGUAGGUACGAAAAUGCCCGAAGUAGUGGAAGGUAGCGUCCUAAUGACCGGAGUCUACACUCUACCGGAAGAACCGGAAAACGAGGAAAAUUGCGAAGAAAAUACCGAAAUGUAAAAAAAAAUAAAUAACUAAAAUCUUAUAGUUUUAGUGUGAUUUUAGGUUAUAAAUAAUUAAUGUUUGUUGAGGAAAAAAAUGUUUUUUAUAUUUAGGACCAAUUUUUUGCGAUUAAAUUAUAUAUUUGUUAUAUAAAGAUACCGUAUUAGCUAAAUAAUAAGGUUACCACUUAUUUCUAUACUAUACAGGGUUGUGUAAAAAGUAUACAUUUCUUAGGUUUCACGGUUUGUUUUCGGACAUAUCAACUUAUAUUUGGUUAAUUUGAAUUUUCCAAACAUUAAAUCAUAAAUUUUGGCAGGUUUAGGUGUAAAUACUAUUUAAAAAUUCUAAAAAAUUUAACCUAUGAUUUAUAGUGUGAAUAUUUGUAAAUAAAUACUCGUAUGUAGAAAUGUAAAAAUUUGGUCUUUAAGUGAAAUGGCGGUUUUAUAAUGUGGGACGUUAUAAAUUCGUGACAGGUAUAACUUUAGCCGACCUUGUUUUUAGUAAUUUUAAGGAAAAAAUAAUAAUUUUAAUAAAUUUAUAAGGUUUUUAUAAAUUAUAGAUUUUUUUGUUAUAUUGA